AUGCUGUUAGGCAGAGAGUCAGAGACAGUUAUUCGUGAAUCAUCGUGUUCUUGUCUGUACCGUAUUCUUGUGUUCCUUAAAGGUUAAACGCGCGACAAGUGUCAAUAUAAACGUUUUACACUAAAGUUCGAGUGACAUCCAGGAGUAGACAAUGUCAUAGUCCAUAUUAGUGUUCUUUCGGGGUGUGAAGCCAGAGUAAGCGUGUAUACGCGUGUGGCAUCACCGUCAGCCAGUAGUCGCACGUAAGCGACUCUGUGUGUGCGAGCAGCGGCAUAUUAUUGCUUAUUGUUGAAGCAGUACCGAAACGUCGAGUACAGUAUCCACGAAUAUUCCGGUACGCUUGAGCACACCUAUAUCAUCGAUUAAAUCGCGAAACCAUCACACAGUUACGAUACAAAAAUGCCGACGAGUACAUUAGCGAGAGGUGUAAGUGCAGCUAUAACUGCUCAACCAACGCCACCGCCAGCACACUAUCUUCACGAAUUGCCAGCUCAAGACGAGGAGAGAUUAGGCAUAUUAUUUAAAUCUCUGGAUCUUGAUGGAAAUGGCAGGAUUGACGUGCACGAUCUAUCCAAGGCACUUUCUCAAGCUGGAGUGCAUGAGAGAUAUGCUCAGAAAUUUUUGGCUCGUUCCGAUCAAACGAAAAGUGGAGACAUCUCUCUGGCAGAGUUCAUCCAUUACGUACGAGAGCAUGAGAAAAAUUUACGUCUGCAAUUCACAGAUCUCGAUAAAAAUAAAGAUGGAAGGAUUGACUUAGAAGAAUUGAUAAAAGCAUUCAAGGAUCUUGGCAUUGAAAUGGAACGAGCCGAAGCGAAAAAACUACUUCAGAGGAUGGACAAAGACGGAAGUCUUAACAUUAGCUUCAAUGAAUGGAGAGAUUUCUUGCUUUAUGCCCCUACUAAUGAUAUCCACGAACUUAUCCAAUACUGGCGACAUACAACAUAUAUGGACAUUGGCGAAGACAUCGGAGUGCCCGAUGACUUCACCAGCAGCGAAAUGGUAUCUGGCAUGUGGUGGCGGCAUCUGCUUGCUGGUGGUGUUGCUGGUGCGGUUUCACGUACCUGUACAGCACCGCUUGAUCGUAUCAAGGUCUACCUCCAGGUACACGGAUCGCGACAAUGCAACAUCAUGAGUUGCGGUAAAUACAUGUUCCGUGAAGGUGGCAUGAAAAGUUAUUGGCGUGGCAAUGGCAUCAAUGUACUUAAAAUCGGCCCCGAAACGGCUCUAAAGUUCAUGGCCUACGAGCAGGUGAAAAGAACGAUCAAAGGUUCUGACAAUCGUGAGCUAAGUAUCUACGAGAGGUUCGUCGCGGGUUCAAUUGCCGGUGGUAUUAGUCAGUCUGCCAUUUAUCCUCUUGAAGUGCUAAAGACACGGUUAGCACUGCGAAAGACAGGAGAAUUCAAAGGCAUUGUCGACGCGGCGGAAAAGAUUUACUUGCAGUCGGGUAUCAAAAGCUUUUACAGAGGCUACAUACCCAAUCUCAUCGGAAUCCUGCCUUAUGCAGGAAUAGAUUUAGCUGUAUACGAGACGCUAAAAAACAACUACAUAAGGACGCACGACAAGAACGAGCAGCCGGCAAUAUGGUUGUUGAUUACGUGUGGUACGGUCUCGAGCACCGCUGGCCAGGUAUGCUCGUAUCCGUUGGCUCUAGUCAGAACGCGGCUGCAGGCGCAAGUCGCGCCAGAAUCCGGACCUAACAAUAUGGUUGGCAUCUUCACAGACAUAUUCAAAAGAGAAGGAAUACGCGGGCUUUACCGUGGCCUCACGCCUAAUUUCCUAAAGGUUGCACCAGCAGUAUCAACCAGUUACGUCGUGUAUGAAUAUGUCCGAUCAGCGCUAGGCGUCAACAUGACGUGAUGAAAAUAUUACCUAGGUUUAUCAAUUUUUAUUAAAUUAUUCUGUAAUUUUACGCUAGGAGUAUACAGUAAUAAUGCAAAAUGAAAUUUGACUAAAUGAAAUGAUAAAAACAACGUGAAAUACCGCAUGCGUGCAUCGUUAGAGUAUGUGACUUGCUGGAAAAAGGAAACAGGAAAUCCAAUAACUGCGGCGUUUUCUCUUUCUAAUUAAUCGUAAUUUAAUUCAAUUUAUUUAUUGUUAAACGACGUUGUAAAAUUUUCUCGAGAGCCUUUGCGACUUCACCGUUUCAGGUACGCUAUAUAUUUUUACAGAGAGAGUGAUAUUCAUUUCUGCCUAUGACGAUAGAAAGAUUGUUGAAAAAAACGUGAGAAAA